GCCGGCUCCCGCCGGAAGGACGCGCGGGCGCUCGGCGGCAGCGAGGUUAUAAAAGGGAAGGAGCCGGCGGCGGGCGGAAGUGGGCGGUUCAGCUGCUCCCGGCGCUGUUGUUUGGUCUUUGCGCUGCUCGAGGGGCGUUCUCUGGUGGGCCGCCGGUGCAGGCCGCAGUGACAGGGCCGCUCGCCCCGCAACCCCCAGCCUCGGCGCAGCGUCCGAUCGCGACUUCCGCGACCCGCAGGCCCAACAUGGCGCAGGAGGUGUCGGAGUACCUGAGCCAGAACCCGCGGGUGGCCGCCUGGGUGGAGACGCUGCGCUCCGACGGCGAGACCGACAAACACUGGCGCCACCGCCGCGAGUUCCUGCUCCGCAACGCCGGGGACCUGGCCCCCGCCGGCGGCGCGGCCUCCGCUCACCCGGAGGAGGCCGCCGACGCCGAGAGCGGGACCCGCAGUCGGCAGCUGCAGCAGCUCAUCUCCUUUUCCAUGGCCUGGGCCAACCACGUCUUCCUCGGGUGCCGGUACCCUCAAAAAGUUAUGGAUAAAAUACUUAGUAUGGCUGAAGGCAUCAAAGUGACAGAUGCUCCAAUCCAUACAACAAGAGACGAACUGGUUGCCAAGGUGAAGAAAAGAGGGAUAUCGAGUAGCAAUGAAGGGGUAGAAGAGCCAACAAAAAAACGAGCCAUAGAAGGAAAAAACAGUUCUGCAGUUGAGCAAGAUCAUGUGAAAGUUCCUGCCAAGACAGAACGCGCAUCAGCUCAGCAGGAAGGCGGGUCAGCGUGUUCGGGCUCAACUACCAAAGCAGAGAGUGGUGGGAACUCGGCUCGGAGCUCUGGCACCCUGAGUCAGAAUAGCUCCACGAGUGAUGGAGAGCGCUCUGUUUCCAGCCAAAGCAGCAGCAGCAUUCCCUCUCGGGUAACGGCGGUAGGGUGUGGAAAAGCUUCUGAAGCAGAAGCUCCAGAUAAACAUGGUUCAGCAUCGUUUGUUUCUUCGUUGUUGAAAUCCAGUGUGAAUAGUCAUGUGACGCAGUCCACUGAUUCCAGGCAACAAAGUGGAUCCCCGAAAAAGAGUGCUUUGGAAGGCUCUUCAGUCUCAGCCUCCCAAAGCAUCUCAGAGAUUGAGGUGCCCUUGUUGGGCUCCUCAGGAAGCUCAGAAGUAGAGUUGCCACUGUUGUCUUCUAAACCUAGUUCAGAGACAGCUUCAAGCGGGUUAACUUCCAAAGCUAGUUCAGAGGCAAGUGUAUCAUCAUCAGUUUCUAAAACCAGUUCCUCAUCAGGCACAUCUUUACUAACCCCCAAGAGCACCACCUCAGCAAACACGAUGCUGACUUCCAAAAGCACUUCGCAGGUAGCUGCAUCAUUGUUAGCUUCCAAGAACAGCUCCCAGACCAGCGGCUCUCUGGUUUCCAAAAGCACUUCCAUAGCAAGUGUGUCCCAGCUGGCUUCUAAGAGUAGCUCUCAGACCGGCACGUCACAGCUGCCUUCUAAAAGUACUGCGCAGGCGAGCGAGAGUUCUGUCAAAUUCUCUUGUUGCAAGUUAACCAAUGAAGAUGUGAAACAGAAGCAGCCUUUUUUCAAUAGACUGUACAAAACGGUGGCGUGGAAGUUGGUGGCCGUUGGUGGCUUUAGUCCCAGCGUGAAUCACGGAGAGCUCCUAAACGCAGCUGUCGAGGCUCUGAAAGCAACGCUGGAUGUGGUUUUCGUCCCGCUAAAGGAACUGGCAGAUCUGCCUCAAAACAAGAGCUCUCAAGAAAGUAUUGUUUGUGAACUGAGAUGUAAGUCUGUGUAUUUGGGCACUGGCUGUGGAAAAAGCAAAGAAAACGCAAAAGCAGUUGCAUCAAGAGAAGCCUUGAAGUUAUUUCUUAAGAAAAAGGUGGUGGUAAAAAUAUGUAAAAGGAAAUACAGAGGCAGUGAAAUCGAAGACUUAGUACUCCUCGAUGAAGAGUCAAGGCCUGUAAACUUACCUCCAGCAUUAAAACAUCCUCAAGAAUUACUGUAAUAUGUCCAAAAUGUCACUGUGUACAAUAUCUGGUAUUUGAAGAGAAAAACUGGCUUACUUUUGUAUAAUAUGAAACACAGGCUUUCACAAAUUUUGUAUUGCUUUUUUCCAGUUUUGCAGAAAAUUUACAUUCUAGUUCUCUUCACACAGUGGAAGUUGUAAAUAAUUUGUGAAUGACAGUAUA